AUGGCCACACCGUUGGACUCGCAGAAUCCCCAGCCCAUCACCCACCAUGGGCUCCCGAAACGACUAAUUCUCUGCUGCGACGGGACAUGGAUGGACUCGUUGGGUUCCGAGGGGAGCGAACCCCCAUCGAAUGUAACGCGCAUCUCGCGCGUGUUCCGGCGCACCUGCAGAGAUGGCACGCACCAGGUCAUCAACUACUUUCCCGGCGUCGGCACGGCGAAUGCCAUUGACCGGUUCACGGGUGGUGCCUUUGGCAUGGGCCUAGACAGGGACAUCCGCGAGGUGUACAACUUCAUCUGCGCCAACUACGUAGACGGCGACGAGAUCAUCCUGAUCGGCUUCUCGCGCGGCGCCUUCACCGCCCGGUCCGUCGCCGACAUGAUCGCCUCGAUCGGCCUGCUGACGCCCCAGGGGCUAGAUCAUUUCUAUGACAUCUUUGACGAUUACCACAGCAUGGGCAAGUCGGGGCGGAAUGUUGAGCAGUUUCUGGUGCCGGGGCUGCCCAAGUAUGGGGGGGAGCAUGGGCAGGCCAAGAUUGAGUGGGAGGGUAGGCGGAUGAAGGCGUAUAAGGCGGGGCUGCGAAAACUCAAGUACACCCGUGACACAUACCACGACGGGCUAACCGAGAUCCGCAUCAAAGGCAUCGCCGUCUGGGACACCGUCGGCACACUGGGCAUUCCGCCGGCCCCAGUCAUUGGUGUGGAGAACGCGUUCCAGGCGCUGGCCCUCGACGAGCCGCGGUAUGCCUUCCGGCCGUCGCUGUGGGAGAAGCUGCCCGGCAGCCCGACCAACCUGAAGCAGGUCUGGUUUCCGGGGAACCACGGGAAUGUCGGGGGUGGUUGGCACGACCAGCAGAUGGCCGAUAUCACUCUGGCCUGGAUGUGCGACCAACUCUCGACCCUGGGCAUCGAGUUCAACUACCGCCGCCUCACCACCAUCUUCCACGAAUCCCUCUGCUUCUCCGCCGCCCACCCCUUCCCCUACGUCGCCGGCGGCGGCGGCACCACCGGCAAAUCCUCCUUCAUCCCGGCCCUCCCGCGCGCCCCGUUCAACGCUCUCAAACGCUCCCUCACCAAACUCAUCCGCGGACCCAAGGCAGUGACCUCCACCACUUCCGCAUCACCACCUUCCCCGACUCCGCCAGCUAACGGCCCCCUCCCCUGGGCAAACCCCGAUAUCUACCCCGCCAACUCCACCUCCACCCGCGACACCUCAGAAUGCACCCUCCGCACCUCCCACGCCCACCCCAAAACCUGUUUCUCCCCGCACCACUCCUCCCACCACCCUCCAUCUCAUUCCCAUCCUCAUCACCACCUCCUCCACCUCCACCCUCCCCACCCAGCCCCCUUAUCCCUCGCCCGCCCCUACGCCCUCGGCACUUUACGGUCUCCCACCUCCCUCCUGACCACCCUCGCAGGGCGCACCAUCCGCCGACCCGGGCUGGCAUUACGCGUAGAUGAAACCACGAAUCAGGAUACGGCUGAGCCGUUAGUUGGUACUGCAGAACGGGUGCAUGCUUGUGUUAGGGUGCGGGUGAGAUGUGGCGGGUUGGGGGUUGAUGAACGGGGGGUUUGGGGGGAGGGGUUGGGGGGUUUUGGGGAUAAUAGCAACAACAAGAAUGGGGCGAAAGGAGGGAAAGGGGGACGGUGGAGGUUGGAGAGGGGGAGUGUUUUGCCUGAGGAAGAGGAGGUCAGAGUAAAGGGGUUGUUGGAGCACGGACCGAGGGAGGUUAGAGUGGACAGGGACAGCCCGGAGCAUACAGAGUUUCCCGUGGAAGCGAUGUACCCGGUGCAGGAGGGGGAUCAUAAGUGGAAGUGGGUGUGGGAUGGGGAGGUCAAGGGGACCGGGGCGGAGCAGGUGCCGCAGGUGUUGGCGCUGCCGGAGGAGCCGUUGGUGGGAUAUUGGGAGAGGUGUUUGUUGGGGAUGAUGAGGGGGGAGAGGGAUGUUUGGAGGUAUGCGCAGGGGGAGUCGCAGGCUUAG